AUGUCCAAAAACACUUUUUCUUUCGGCACUCCUGCAUCUACAGGAGCUUCUGCCGGUGGACUCUUCGGCACGAGCUCUCCUUUUGGUGGAAACGCAACUUCGACGAACCCAACGAGCACUGGCGGCGGCAGCUUGUUUGGAAGCGCAGGUGGCACAUCAUCACCGUUUGGCGCAGCCAAUGCCGGCGCUGGGUCUGGACAGAACGCUCUUUUCGGCGCGAAACCAGCUGCUGGUAGCGGUACCAGCACGCCAACUUUCAGCUUUGGAACGCAGGGUCAGACUCAGAACCAGGGCAGCUCGGCAGCUCCAUCGUCAGCUUCCUUGUUUGGAACAACACAAACUCCCAACAAGGCUACAGAAGCCUCUGCACCAGGCCAAACCCAGACUGCAGGCGGUAUUUUUGGAUCGAAACCAGGCAAUCUAUUCGGCAGCAACGCAGUAUCUACGACACCCGCUCAGCCAAAAUCCAGUUCAACGCUAUUCAGUACAACACCCGCGAACCCUCCUCCGGCCGGCACUGCAACUGGAGCAGCGCCGUCUCUUUUUGGUGCUCAGAAUACUCAAAAACCAGCCUUUGGCGGACUGAGCGCUCAGCCAGCGACUACAGCUCCUGCCGCUACGUCUCAACCUCAGACCAGUAGUCUUUUUGGGCAAGCGAGCUCUGGCACACCAAAGCCCUUGUUCGGCGCGACACCACAGUCUAAUACUACUGCUCCCGCAGCUACAGGUGGAGGAUCGCUAUUUGGAGCUGCCAAACCCGCCGAUACAAAAGCACCAGAUGCUGCUCCAAAGUCUCUAUUCGGCGCUGCCGCACCGGCAACGGCUCCUUCAGCUACGCAAGCUUCUGCUAGCCCAUUCAAUUUCCCCACGGCUGGUGGCGCCAGCACUCCAGCGGCUAGUCCUUUUGGUGCCGCUGCUUCGGCACCAUCAGCUCAGCCUUCGACCACCGCGGCAUCUACAGCCACCCCUCAAAAGUCUUUGUUCGGCGGGUUGGGAGGGGCGUCUUCCACCACCCCGUCUUCAACCCCAGCAGCUGCUCCCUCUCUAUUUGGCAACAAGCCAGCCACCACAGCAACGGGCACUGAACCGGCAACAGCUGCUCAGAAGCCUCCUGGUGGAACAUUAUUUGGACAAAAGCCGGCUGAAACGUCUACGCCUGCUGCGACUUCACAGGCUACAGCCACUUCCGGCACGACAUCUGCCCCUGCGCCUACACUGGGAGCUACGACUACGACAGCUCCAGCCCCAGCUGCUGCUACAGGUACAACAGGAGCCCCUACAUCCACAACCACCGCGCCUAACCUUGCGGCAUCUACUCUUGGUCCAAUGCCACCAGCCCAGUCACGGUUGAAGAACAAGACGAUGGAUGAGAUAAUCACACGUUGGGCAACCGACCUGACCAAAUACCAAAAAGAGUUCCGUGAGCAGGCUGAGAAGGUUGCAGACUGGGAUCGAAUGCUCGUAGAGAACGGGGCCAAGGUCCAGAAGCUUUAUGGAAACACAGUAGACGCGGAGCGAGCAACACAGGAAGUCGAGCGCCAGCUUGCUUCUGUGGAGGGCCAGCAGGAAGAGCUGAACUCAUGGCUGGAUCGAUACGAACGAGAGGUUGACGAGAUGCUGUCGAAGCAGGUUGGUCCUGGCGAGACGCUUCAAGGACCCGACCAGGAGCGCGAACGAACCUACAAACUGGCAGAGAAAUUGUCUGGGCGACUGGAUGAGAUGGGCAAGGAUCUCGGCAGCAUGAUCGAGGAGGUGAACAACGCAUCAUCUACUCUGAGCAAGACGAACAAAGCCGACGAGCCGAUUUCUCAGAUUGUCCGCAUCCUGAACUCGCACUUAUCCCAGCUUCAGACGAUUGACCAGGGCACGGCGGAACUACAAGCCAAGGUCAGCGCUGCGCAGAAAGCAGGACAGUCGAUGGGAGGUCGACUUGGUGGAUAUGGACAGAGCGGACCCAACAUUGGAGUGGGAGGCAGCGCCGUUGACGAUUUUUACCGAUCGUAUAUGGGACGUAGAUAG